AUGAAGAAGCCUCUUCCUCUUUCUGCUUCUCGCUCUAGGCUUGAGUACGUGUUUAACCACAUUGUACUUCCGCCUCGCCUUCCUGGAAAAGCGGAAAGCUGCCCGGAUGAUAUUCAAUUCGACCUACUGUCAUUCCUUCAGGGGGCAUCGUGUACCCUAAAUGAUGACUUGGAUGGAGGCUUGAGUGCUGUUGGGCUUUCUGUUCACAAGAUACUGGAGAUUUGCAAGUCUACCAACGCCGGUGGCAAAUUGGACAAAUCCACGCUACUGCGAGAAUUUCAAAAAAUUGAGCGAAAGGUCCCCAUAAUCCUUCAUGUUAAGGAGCAGAACGCUGGGUUACUUAUCUGGCGAGAUGAACGGGACGAUGAAGAGACAGUGACAUUCGAAGCAUUUGAAGCAUCGGCAGUUUCUGAGAAAGUCCUUUCUGCGGAGGGCCCUCUACAAUGGGAUUUCCCAGGCGAGACUGUCGUCAUUCCUUAUACCGUAUUUACCCAGCCGUCGUUCCAAGAGUCGCUUUCCACCUUCCUAGAGUGUGCAAGCACUGAAUCGGUCAAGAAAUUUGCAGCCUGUGUUCAUAAGGCUGGGUCUGUCGCAUUUGAAAAUCGCGAUACCACUGAUCCGGCUUUAAUCACCCAAAUGCUGAUGACUUUAAUUGAGGCGAACGGAUCUAGAAUAUUCCCUACACUCUUACGAAAGCGAGUUCGAGACGAAGUCUCCUGGGCUCCAGGGGGCGGAAAACCCUGGAGAAGACUACCUUUUUGGUUGGUUGUUCGAGUUGGGAUUGAACGGCACCUGCGUUUGCAGUUUGGUACGACGAAAGGAAGGGCAUGCUACAAGUUCUUACUUUGCCUCAUGUUCUCUGACUUCCUAGAGUCUGCGACUGGCUCGCUCUCGCCGGAUAAAUUGGCCCUACUGAAAGCAAAGCUAGCACGACGUUUGUCUAAGUUAGAGGUGGAACGAGAGAAAGCUCCGCACAAUGAUAAAUCGAUCUAUACCCGGUUAUUUGACAAAUUCAAACAUCGCUUCCAAAGCUCCAUCAGCAAUUCAAGUGAUCAUAUGGUCGAUGAAUGGAAUGCCUAUAAGGCGCGUAUCAGACGCAGGAUCCCUCGACUCCCCAAGCACGCUGAUGCAGAUUCACAGUAUCUUUCGCUCACAAACAGCAAAGAAUACAUUACAAACGUGUUAUCACAAUACCAAAGAACAGGCUCAUCUAAGCUCUCACACCAUUAUGCUUCCGCAGAUUUCAACCCUAAUUAUUCAAAUGCUUUCGGGGUGUUUGCUAAGCCAUACAAUACGCUUUCCGCAUUAGAGGCGAUGACGGAUGAGGAAUUUCUAAAGAUGGGCUCUGACACGGAGGAAACUUGUCUGAUGAUUGCGAAUAUACUCACAAAGUAUCUGUUAAAAGUUGGGCCAGAAUAUGAUGAUAACCCUGAACAAAAGAGCAUCAUGAUUUUGCAUUCCGUAAGACUUUGGGUGCUGAUUGAUAAGUGUGUCACUCAGUUAUUCCCCUUGCUGUUGGAUUAUCACCCUGGGAUCUCCUCGGAUCUUCUUGACGUACUUCAAUUGUCCAGCCUUCGGGAUAUGAUUCGUCUGAACGCCAUACAAGAGUAUAUCCAUACUCGGUGCACACGGAGCCUUUCUCAACAACGUCGGACCAUUUUUGAUGACCCCGCGGAAGGAUGCUUUGCAGAAAGAUACUUCGAUUCAGGCCACGAACCUGGAUUACAAAAGCUUCAUUCAAAGGUUCUAUUGCAAGCAGAAAGGGCUUACGAAACGAAAGUGCGUGAAUGGCAAGAGAUGAGCGAAACUUUUGAAGCGUUACAGAAAAAGGUCAUGAGUUCCUUCUGUAGCUAUACUACCAACACAUUUGGCGGAGUAAAUCAUGACGAUAACUGCGAAAAAUGCCACGACCAAUACCGUGCAAACCGUAUGACGAUUAGGAUUCAUGAGCACCCACUACCAAGCAAUACGGCCCAUGCCAAAGCGGUGGUGUUUGAGCUUCGGUGUCCUGCAGCUUUCAGGGCCUAUCGGGACUCGACCUGGGAGGUAUUCGGCUUUAUGACUUGUCCUCAAUUCCAGCCCAGAAUAGACCCUAAGUUGUUAAUUGAGGAUUACAGCGAACUCAAGAAAUUUGUCACCGAUGAAUCGAGCAGGAUCACACUGGCAUCAACAACAAAAUCCCUGCUAUCGACCCAUUACAGAGGAGUUUAUUUCCCAGUAAGACUAGAGGAUAUCUGUUUCGAAAAUAAUCUAAAGCUUAGAUACUACGAUACCAUCGCCGGGACAUUCACAUAUCGGCAGAACCAUGUUCCAGGUUUUUCUCACCACCUUCGAAUGAGCCCACCCACCAACUCGCCGUUCGCGUCUAUUAUGCCUUUAGGUAGCUUGAGUGGCUCAUCCUCUUAUGAGAUUAUUGCCAGCCAAGCUUCGUGCUCCUCUGGAUUGAAUGUUCACGAGUCCAUGGCUUAUAAGUCUCUUUUCUCCGGCAAGAUCAGGCGUUGGCCUAUGAUCCUUGUUGAGCUUGGGUCAUCAAACUUGAAUUUCAGUACCAAGGCUCCAUCCUCGCUGAUAUGCCUGCUUGCGAUACAGGCAGGGCCUAGAGAUAAGAGUGACCCCUUUCGAGUAGUACAUAAGAUCUUCCGUGACGAAUCUUUUUGUGCCCAAUUAAUUAGGUUAAUUCGCGAGCGCCUAGAGGGGGUUGCAUCAAAUUGGCGGGAGACGGAUUGCAUGGAGAUGCUGAUCACCCUGAUACUUCGAUUAUGCAUUUUGGCCCCAAUAACCAUACUACCGCUAGCUCUCGACCUGUUGAGGAUAGCCCAGGAAACCCUAGUCAACUGGGUCAGACAACUACGCCAUGAAAUUUGCACAGCUGAGGAUCCAGGGAUCAUUGCGAACUGCUCGGAGUUUGCUUUUGUCGUUGCCCUACUACUUAGAAGGACCUUCGCAGUUUAUGCCGAACAUAUCCCAGGGUACACGGGAAAUAUGACACCUACGGAUACGCGCUGCUUUAUUGAAGCAUCUAUUUCGCUUCAAGAUAAUGCUCCUGGUGACAUGAAGUCCUUAGCCCCUUUUCCGAAACGUGCUCUUAUUAGAGAUUUGAAGAUGGUAUUCCGGAUGCGCUCCACAUUAACGCAGUCUUUAAUACAUUGUCCGGACAGCCUAGGUGCUGUGAUCACGGAUGGGGUUAGAGAGCUCUAUCCCGGCAAGAAGUUUUUCUAG